CUACUUUAGUUUACAGCCCGAGUAUGAUACAUGGUUAUGAAGUGGUAUGAAAUGAAGCAGCGGCCCACGUGACCUGUGACGUAUCAACCGAGUUCUACUAAAAGAAUUUUGAGGGAUGAUCCCGCUGCUCUCACCAAGGGGAUCCACUGUGGCUUCUUGACGUCCGCUUUAAGGAAGUCCGAAAGUUAGCGUACUUACCGAUUGACUUUUUUUUAUCUUAUAGACUCACUCGUGAUGUCUGGAGGACACAGGGAGGGACAAGAGGCUAUGAACGUAUACUCUGUAACCCUCAACGGCCCAGCGCCUUGGGGCUUCAGGCUGCAGGGUGGCAAGGACUUCAGCAUGCCCCUCACCGUGUCAAGGCUGACCCCGGCCGGGAAGGCAGCUCAGGCUGGUGUCGGGGUGGGAGACUGGGUGGUGUCCAUCAGUGGUACCAAUGCAGAAGAAAUGACCCAUGUGGAAGCACAAAACAAAAUCCGAGCAGCAACAGACGCCCUCACCCUCACUCUCAGCAAAGCUUUCAAAGCAGGGGGAGACCAGAAGGACUCACUUUCUCCGGCUUCUGUUCAGCCAAAGUACUCCUUUGCCCCCAGCACAACCAUUAACAAGAUGGCGAGGCCAUUUACAGCAGGUGGUAGUGCCAACUCAGGACCUGCUAUUAAACCUGUGGCCUACUCCCCUAAAGUUAACACCCAGAGCUCACAGGGCCGUGCCAGUAUGCAGCAGCCACAGAAUGGCCUUGAGCCAACUCCCUCACCUACCAAGGCCCAGGCAGCAGCUAAACCAGAUGGCUCCAAGACUGCAGUUUCGGCAACAGGCAGUUCAGGUCCUUCCUCUCGACCGCCGUGGGUCACUGACCCUAAUUUUGCCGACCGCUAUCGCCCGGACAAGACCAGCACCAUCGUGACCCAGCACCAGCAGCCGAUCCAGCCGACGCCUAUGCAGAACCGCAGCUCCAUCCUGCAGGCAGCGCAGCAGGCACCUGAAGACAGCGGGAGGACCCCGCUAUGUGGUGCCUGCAACAAAAUCAUAAGGGGUCGGUACCUGGUAGCGCUGGGUCGUUCUUGGCACCCGGAGGAGUUUACGUGUUCACAGUGUAAGGCGGUCCUGGAUGAGGGGGGCUUCUUUGAGGAGAGAGGGUCUGUCUACUGUACCAAGUGCCACGAUAACCGGUAUGCUCCUAACUGCGCCAAGUGCAAAAAGAAGAUUACAGGGGAAAUCAUGCAUGCUCUGAAGAUGACCUACCAUGUUCAGUGUUUCAAGUGUGCAGCCUGCAAGACUCCCAUCAGGAACCAAGCCUUUUACAUGGAGGAGGGGGAACCCUACUGUGAGAAAGACUAUGAAAAGAUGUUUGGCACCAAAUGCCAUGGCUGUGACUUUAAGAUAGAUGCCGGCGAUCGGUUUCUGGAGGCCUUGGGGUACAGCUGGCACGAUACGUGCUUCGUCUGUGCUCUCUGCCAAAUCAACCUGGAGGGGAAGACGUUCUACUCGAAGAAGGAUAAGCCCCUGUGCAAAGGCCAUGCCUUUGCUCCAGUGUGAGAGAGUGAGCGAGCUUCAUCUUCAGAGGAAUUAACACUUCCCUCUCUCCCUACUCUUUACCACACUCAGCCCUCCGGCACACUUGUACACACUCUACAUCUCUUAUUUGCCAGCCACACACCUAGUUACACUUAGUCUUUUUUUCUAUCCUACUGACUUUUAAACAUUUGAGGCUUACUGUUAGCUUUACGCGUUACUUCACUGUGCUAAUAGGACAGUUCACAUGAUACCGCCUGUAAUACCAAUUGCUGUGUUGUAUAACUGGAAGUAGUCAAGGAAUUGUUUCAUUUCAUCACUAACUUGUCAUAGUCAGAUCAAACAUUAAAAAGUGCAGCUGCAGUUUGUCUGGAUUCAAUUGUAGUUAGUACUCUACAGAUCUCAUCCUCGUUCAGUCUGAAGUAAGAUCAAGUCAGUAUCUUCCAAGUUGGAGGAGUCAUUUAGCCUUUAAUAAUCUCACAAACUGCAGUAAUAAUCUGCCCAUACUCCCGUACUAGAGUGCUGAGAAGUGGUGACCCCAUUCAGGACACUGGCACUCUGACUCUUACUGCAGUGCUUAUUGACAUAAUGGGGGUCCAGUCAAGCAGAAAAGGGGGGUGUACCAUUUCUGCUUGACUGGACCCCUGCACGUCUACAGAAGCACUAGCUGCAGUAUGUGCUCUUAAUCUGCCAGAACCUAAUGAGAAAUGAAGUAGUUAAUAACCGUAACUGUGAGUCAUGUAAUAAUCCUCAAUUGAUCAAAUUUUAAUAGUGAGAUGUGUGGGUGACAAAAAGAAAAUGCUAUUCUUGUUUUAAAUGUCAAAGCUUUUGCAAUUAUCAUUUAUUGGACAUUUUAAAGAGAUAGUCGGUACUCCUGUCCGCAUCUGUAAACUAGCGGCGUGCUAACUGUCAUCUCCUGUGAUACACUGACUAUGGAUAAGUACCUCACACAACCCCACUCCUAAAUAGCAGAACUAUCCCUUUAAUGUAGGGAAAAAAACUAAUUUAGAUUGUGUCCCCCAUGUUACUAUAUGAUAUUGUGAUUAUUCCUUAGAAUACUUUCAAGUCAUGGUGAAUUUGUAUUUAAGUUUCAGAAUGGGCCUGUAAUCUUUUUUUUCAUAGCUUUUGGACAAUAAAAUAUUUUAGUAAUGCCCAGCGCUGGGCAGAACACUGAGCUGACAUGUUCUUUUGAGGUGAACUCAUUUGCAAGAUUUUCUAUUGACUGACGUUUUCGCUGUCCCCCAACAAGGUCAAUGGACUUUCUGAUGUUUUCUCUCUGUUUUGUUGUGAAUAUUAUAAGUGCUUUUAACAGCUGUUGUAACCACGAGCCUAGUGAAUCCUUACAAUGUUGAUGUAGAAAUAAAUAAUUUUACAAUA